AUGCCCACGGAGGAGAACAUUGUACGGGAGGAGUGGUCGCUGGUCUUCUGGACAUUCGUGGCCGUUAUGAUCCCGGUCCUCAUCACACUGUGGUGCAGCGUCCAACGUUCCAAGAGGAAAACGUACAUGAAGCAGUUCUUCCGCCAGAGCAGACAUAGCUGGCACUACACGGACUUGUUCAAUAAGCCCACUUACUGCUGCGUGUGUUCCCAGCACAUCAUGCACGGGGCCUUCUGUGAUGGCUGCGGCGUGUGCGCUGACGAGCAGUGCCUGCGCCGUGCCGACAGGGAGCUGUCUUGCAAGGAGAUUAUGGCCCCUUCUCGAUCGGACGGGCUCGUGGCCCACCGGUGGGCAAGGGGCAACGUACCCCUGGCCAGUUACUGUGUUGUGUGCAAGCAGCAGUGUGGAACUCAGCCGAAGCUCUGUGAUCUGAGAUGUGUGUGGUGUCAGACCACAGUGCAUGACGAGUGCAUAGACAACCUGGUGGACGCAACCCAUUGUGAUUUAGGCGAGUUCCACAACCUCAUCAUUCCUCCUCACUACCUGUACCAAGUCAACAAGCUCGGCCAUAGACACCCUGACGAGUAUAAAAAGCUGGCGGUGGACUUUGGGGAUGGCUGGACUCCUGUGUUGGUGUUGGCGAACACGCGAAGUGGAAACAACAUGGGGGAGGCUUUGUUGGGAGAAUUUCGCACCCUCCUCAACCCUGUGCAGGUUUUCGACCUGUCAAAGCUUGCACCUUCCAAGGCCCUUCAACUGUGCACCCUUUUGCCCCCUGGUUGUGUUAGGGUACUGGUGUGUGGAGGUGAUGGCACUGUGGGAUGGGUGCUAGAUGCCAUCGAUAGUAUGAAACUCAAGGGUCAAGACCAGUUUAUCCCAAGGGUGACCAUCCUCCCUCUUGGGACAGGGAAUGACCUUUCAAACACUUUGGGCUGGGGUGCGGGCUAUGCUGGCGAGAUCCCUGUUGAACAAGUUCUUCGCAACAUCCUAGAUGCGGGGGUGGUCAAAAUGGACAGAUGGAAAGUGCAGGUGUCUUCCAAAGGCCUAUCUAUUCGAAAACCGAAGGUUCUGUCCAUGAACAACUACUUCUCUGUGGGUCCUGAUGCCCUGAUGGCACUCAAUUUCCACACGCAUCGUGAGAAAACGCCAUCUUUCUUCUCUAGUCGGAUCAUCAACAAGGCUGUGUAUUUUUUAUAUGGCACCAAGGAUUGUUUAGUGCAAGAAUGUAAGGAUCUGGAUAAGAGGAUUGAGCUGGAGCUUGAUGGUGAGAGGAUUGAAUUGCCCAGUCUGGAGGGCAUCAUUGUCUGUAACAUCGGCUACUGGGGGGGUGGCUGUAGACUCUGGGAGGGAAUGGGAGAUGAACCCUUCCCCCCCACGCGGUUGGACGACGGUCUGCUGGAGGUGGUGGGUGUCUUUGGCUCCUUCCACUGUGCACAGAUCCAAGUCAAGCUAGCCAACCCGGUACGGUUGGGACAGGCCCACACAGUGAGGCUUGUUCUGAAGACCUCCACAAUGCCGAUGCAAGUGGACGGCGAGCCGUGGGCACAGGGUCCAUGCACCAUCACCAUUACCCACAAGACCCAAGCUCUCAUGCUGUAUCACAGCUCUGAACAAACGGACGAUGACGACGAUGAGGACGGCGACUCCAGCGCCUCGGAGACAGAGAGCCCCACCCCUCAGGACUCACCCAGGCCCCCAGGGGCGGCAUCCGCUCGAGCUUGA